AUGAAUGCUAUAGAUCGAGUCCCAACUGCUGCUACUAUUGCUACUUUUUCCAGUGCUCAAUUUUACCAUCUUGCUUUCAACUUCAAUGGCGGCUUGGUGGGUCCCAAACUUGAAUUUUGGGUUUCAGUUAGUAUUAACUCUGAUGGCAAUGUGUAUUGGAAGGUUUCUUGUUCUGGCGUGUGUGGUGAGCUUGGGGUGACACUUCAUUUGGUAGUGGAGAUGCCGCCUUCCCCGGCAUUGAGAUUCUCUCCUGGGAGAGAGCCAAGAGUUGAUGGUCACAAGCGGGGACGCAGUCUUGAGAGUGGAUUGCUUUUCCGGGAGAAGGAUGAUGAUCUUACUUUGUUCAAUGAAAUGCAAUCCAGAGAGAAGGAGGGCUUUUUGCUUCAGUUGACAGAUGAUUUGGAAGACUCAUUCUCUACAAAGUUGAAGCAUAUUUCUGAUGUCAACCUUGGAAUCUCCAUUCCUGGUCGAGGAGAAAGCAGUGACUUGCUUAAUGAUGGUGAAAAAAAUGAUUACGACUGGUUAUUAACGCCCCCAGACACACCACUAUUUCCUUCGUUAGAUGAUGAGCCAUCACUGACUAGUUUUGGAAGCAGAGGAAGGCCUCAGAGUAAACCCAUUUCCAUAUCAAGAUCUUCUACGAUGGAUAAAAGUUACAGAAGCAGUAGGGGCAGUGCAAGUCCCAAUCGCUUAAGUCCAUCCCCUCGAUCAGGAACUAGCACAUUGCAAGCAAGGGGAAGGCCAUCGUCAGUGCCAAAUUCCAGUCCAACCCCAAACAUGCGGUGUGCCACUCCAUCGAGAAGAUCAUCUCCACCUCCAAGUAAGUCCAUGACACCUGCUUCCAAGUAUUCCACCUAUACCCCCCGGAGGAUGAGCACUGGUUCCAGUGGUUCUGUAGUCUCAUCAGGAGUUAGGGGAACUUCCCCAGUGAAGACAAAUCGGGGAAACUCUGCAUCACCAAAGAUAAGGGCUUGGCAAACGAAUAUUCCGGGCUUCUGUUCUGAAUCUCCUCCCAAUCUUCGUACAUCUCUGACUGAUCGACCAGCAUCAUAUGUUAGGGGCUCAUCUCCAGCAUCCAGAAAUGGUAGGGACUCUGCCUCCAAAGUCAACAGGCAAUCAAUGUCUCCAACUGCUUCUAGGAGCAGUAGUUCUUUUCAGAGUCAUGAUCGAGACCAAUUGAGCUCACGCAGCAAAGGUUCCAUUGCAUCGUCUGGUGAUGAUGAUCUAGACUCUCUGCAAUCCAUCACAGUUGGUAGUAUGGACAGAUUAAGUUCAAGGAGGGGUGCUUCAUUUUCCACCAACAGAAAUCCUACCAUUUCCAAGAAAUCAGCCAGGAUUGUGUCCCCAAGUUCUGCUCCUAAAAGAUCAUUCGAUUCAGCUAUCCGGCAAAUGGAUAGAAAAAAUCCUCAGAACAUGUUCAGGCCACUCUUAUAUAGCGUUCCGAGUACAACCUUUUAUGCUGGAAAAGCAAAUUCUGCACAUCGUUCCCUUGUAUCCAGGAAUUCAUCUGUUACUACAAGCAGCAAUGCAAGCUCUGAUCAAGGUACAACCUUUGCUCUUGACACUGAAGGGAGUGAACAUAAUCAAGAUGAUAUGGCAAGUGAAGCUGAUAAGAUACUAUAUCCUGAUGUACAUGAAGUGUUUGUCUUUGAUAAGAUUGAUGCAUUAAAUGCAAAAAUUGAGCAAGAGAUUAAUAGGGAAUCAGUACGUAUCCUGCAAAACGAGACCAGAGACCCAAAGACUGUUUCUGGUCCAAUUGAAUCUGAAGAUUCUGUAUCCCACAUUCAUAUUGACACUAUAGUUGAUGAAAGUUCAGACAUUUCACGUGUUAGAGGUGACAUUUCUGAAACUGGUAGUUUUGAAAAUUCAGCACUCUGUUCUCAUUGUGGUGGUUGUUAUGAGGUCACUAAUCAUGCUGAGAAGAAUACUGGGCUCUGUCCAGAAUGCAGCAGGAAAAUCUCAUUGUUGCGAGUCAUCUUCCCUGAGACAACUUUGGCAGUGUCUAAAGACCCUCCAUUGAUUACAACCAACAUUCCUAAAGAAGAAGAAUCAUUUUCUGAAACAAACCAAUUAAUGGUUGCUUUGGAACUGCCUGAAGAGACUAAUGUGCGUAACUUAAGGUUUUCCCAUGGUGAACAGGAUGCUGAGGAAAGUCUAACUUCAUGCAGUGAACUAAAGCAGGAUCACUCACAAAACAUUCCUUUUCCAAAUUCAUUGGUGGAGGGAAGUAGACAGACAUCUGGCAAACAGCUAGAGAUGAACCAAUCAGGAGUUGAUUACAAGAAGCCUCAUAAUGAAUUUGGGGAUAAGCAUCACUCAAGUGGUCACCCUAAUUUGAGCAUGGACCCAGUGGAAGGCACUGGCAUUUCUGUAUUGCUGGAAAGGACUAGCAGCAACAAAGGACCUGUAAUCCAGAGCAGGAGUUUUACUGCCACAACCAUAUCUUACGAUGAUCUGUCUCUUGCUAGAGACAGUGUCAGCAGUUUUAGAAGCUCAACAAGACCUGGUAGUUAUUCUGCCUCAUCAUCAAUUGAUCUUGGCUCCGCUAGGCAAACAGAGUUUCGUGCACAGAGGCAGUUCAGUAGCAGGAAACUGGAUGUGGACUGUGGAUAUGACUUAAGGAUCAAGCCUCCAAGCACUGCUUCAUCUUUGUCUGGAGCUUCAAACCAUUCUCGCCAUGAGUUAGGUCUUGCAACUCAAGAGACUGCUGGCAAUACAGAAUAUGGCUUUGUAGAAGAGGGACCCCAAGUUUUUCAAGAAAUUCAUGCUUCAGGAAAUACAGUGACAGAGAUAAUUGAUCCUUCUUCCAUUGAUUUAGUUGUUGAGGAAGUUAAAUUUGAAAAUGAUGAUAGUAGUAGAUUAAAUAAUGCUUGCAGCUCAGAAUUUUUAAGUCAGGCUGCUGUUGUUCAGUCUGAUGACAAUCUGGUCACAUCAAUUCCAAAUCAUGGGGAUUGUAUGUCACAUGAAAAUGUUGAUGAUCAUCCAAAUAAUGCCAGGGAUGUCUCAGAUACAGAAACAUCAGCUAAGGUUCCAGAGUUAUCCAGUCAAGAGAAACAUGAUGUACAGAAGUCCAAUGUUAAUGAUGCGGAUGCUUUGGUUACAACCAGCUGUUCCCCAAUUACAGAAUCAGAAAUAGAAGGGGAAAACUAUUGCGAGAAUAAUAUUGGCAAUGUGAAUGAUGAUGAUCUGCCAAAGAGGGCCCUUGAUGACUUUCGGGAACCUUCUGCCCAAAAUUCUUCUAAUGAUUCUUAUGCUGCUUCUAUUUCAGAGGUCAAUGUCUCUGAGUCCCAUGGCAUUGAGGGAUCGACAGUUACAGUGGAGUGUCAAGGUGCAGGCAAUUCUAGAAGUCUGACACUUGAAGAGGCAACCGAUACAAUCCUUUUUUGCAGUUCCAUUGUCCAUGAUCUUGCAUAUCAGGCUGCCACAUUAGCAAUGGAAAAGGAAUACUCUGACCCAUUUGAAGGUUCUGAACCAACUGUGACCUUAUUGGGGAAAGCUAAUUCUGAUAGAAAUAGUCGCAGCAGACAUGUCAGCAAGCGUACUUCAAAAUCCCAAAAGACCAAGACCAAGCAGAGGAGGGUGGAAACUGAUGUCGAAACCCCUUCUGAUAAGACUGAGAAUGAUGAAAAUAUUGACGAGUCUUUCACACACAAUGUUGGGCUUCCUAACAAGGUAGAUAGUAUGAAACCCCCCAAGCUUGAAUCAAAGUGCAAUUGCAUCAUAAUGUGA